AUGGCAUUGGUGCCUGUUGAUACGAAACCAAAUGUCGAAACUCCAGUAGCUAAGGUGGUUGAAGGGCCACAGACUAAAGUUGAUGGUGGUGAUGAUAAGAAUAAAACAGCUAGGCAUCCGCGAUGGACCAGGCAGGAGACUUUGAUUCUGAUAGAAGGGAAGAAGGCUGCAGAGAAUCGAGACAGGAAGGGGAGGAGAUCAAGCUCAGUGUUUGGUUCGGACCAACUUGAACCAAAGUGGGAUUCAGUGUCAUCAUAUUGCAAGCAGCAUGGAGUGAAUAGAGGACCUGUUCAGUGCAGGAAAAGAUGGAGCAAUCUUGUUGGUGACUUUAAGAAAAUUAAGGCAUGGGAGUCAAAGUCACAAGAAUUGGAUUCUUACUGGAUGAUGAGGAAUGAUUUAAGAAAAGAUAGAAAGUUGCCUGGUUACUUUGAUAAUGAAGUAUAUGAUGUGUUGGAUGGGAAGGCAUAUACUGCAGCAGCCUACCAAUUGGCACUGGUGACUAUAACUGCAGAGGCAAAAAACGAUGAAGCAGAAGCAGUGGUAGCUGAGGAAGCGGAAGAGGUGGAGGAAGAUGCUGAGCCUGUCUUUGAUAGUGCUCGGCAUGCCACAGCUGAGGAUGGUCUGUUUUCAGAUUCUGAAGAGUUGGGACAGAUGGAGACAGAUGGGAACCAUGGGAAGGAGAGAAUUUCUGCAGAUGAUCCAGCAAAGAAAAUUCCUUCUCCCAAACCUAUAUCAGGUACUUCAAAAGAGCAGCAGGCAGGCUCAUGUUAUUGGAAGGAAUUCCAAUCUCAAGAGGGGUGCAAGCGAAGAAGAAUGUCACGAGUUGAGUCUCGUGAUGGCAAUUUGGAAGACAGACUGGUUAAAGUUUUAGAAAGGAAUGCUAGCAGUUUCAAUGCACACCUUGAGGCUCAAAAUAUGAAUCAUAAGCUGGACAGGGAUCAGCAGAGGUACCAAAACGAGAACCUAGUUGCAGCUCUUGAUAAGAUUGCAGGUGCUUUGACGAAAAUUGCAGAUAAGCUAUGAGGCAACUGGACAGUAUGGCCUUGAAGCCGUUUGCAUCUGGCAAUAUAU